AGUCAAAAGACGAAUACCUAUCAUCGGUUGUCGCGAGUGGUCCGAGAAGACGGUGACAUAACAUAUUUCUCGAAACCGUUUGAAUCAUCUUUACUGCAACAUGGCAAAACCAAGAUUUGAGCCUCUUAUUGAGUUUGUGAAUAGUAAUGAGAGAGACGCUUCACCCAGAGACUGGAGUAGAAGAGCCAAGAUGAGAGAGAGAUACAAACCAUUGCGUGGGGAGGAUGUGCGAGGCUUUUAUGAAACUCUCAUUUCUGAGACGACUGCUAGUGCCCCACAGACAUCAUCAGAGAAGGCUAAGAGAGGAAAAAUGUGCAAUUCAAAAGCUAAGCUGACAAAUACUAAGAGCCAUUCUGAAGCAAAUGGUGAUUCUUGGGAGACAUCUGAUGACCAAUGUAAUGUUAGGGAGACCCAUUCAGUCUCUCAUGUUCAACACACAUCCAUCUCAAACAUCUCGAGAAAUGAUCACAAGAAGAUGAGACAGCUAGAGAUGCAGCUGUUGCACAGGAGUCAGGAAGGUGAUUUACAGAGUGUGGAAAAGGCUGUAAUAUCCGGGGCUGAUGUCAAUGUUCAGGACCUGUAUGGGUGGACGCCUCUUAUGUGUUCUGCCUAUGCUGGUCACGUGGGUGUUGUUCAGACCCUCCUUGGCCUUGGAGCAGACUGGGAUCUGUGUGAGAGGAAGGGGAGGACUGCCAGGGAUCUGGCUUCUAAGGUUGGUCAUGGCAGUAUUGUGAAGCUCAUUGAUGCUACCAUAGCUCAUUUACAGUCUUCCAAUGAUGGAUCAAGUUCCAACCAACAAGUCACAAAUGAGGAAAGUUUCUUCUGUGAAAUUUGUAAAAGACAUUUUUCUGAAGGGACAGAACUCUCUCACAGAACCUCCACUGUCCAUUUGUUCAACUGCCAAUUAAAACCUAAGCAAACUAGCUACCUGAUUUCGGAGUCCAAUAUUGGAUAUCAGAUGAUGCUAAGGAGUGGCUGGAAUGCAGAUCGGGGUCUUGGACCUCAAGAAGAGGGACAAAAGUACCCAGUAAAAACUGUGUUGAAGAGGAAUCGAGAGGGCCUUGGGGGUGAACGAAAGAGCACACCUAGAGUGACUCACUUCCCACCCCGUGAUGUUCGAGCUGUUGCAACUGUGAAGCCGAGGGGGGAGAGGAGAGAGUCGUUGAGGUCACAGUCACGCCGAGCCAUCAAGAGGAAAGAAAGGAAAGAUAAAGAGUGGGAGAGAAACUUAAGGCGUUAUAUGAACUCUGAUUAACUGGUCUCGAUAAAAACUCCCCUUGUCCCUG